AGGUAAUUGAAACUGAACUCAAGCUUAGCUCUUGAUCCAUAUAUGGUAGCUUUGAUUAUUGUUGAUUUAGGCAUCGGAGUGUUUAUCCCGAGGACCAACCUUGGGGCUUUGCAGAAUGCCUUAGAUGCCUUGAUGUGCAAAAUAUUCCCCUCAACAUUGCGUGGAAACGCUUGGACUUGGUACUAUAGUCUGCAGCCAAACUUGAUCAGUUCAUAUGCCGAGCUUGUGGCAUAUUUUGCAACUAAGUUCUCAAGUCGACGACUGAUAAGAAAGACGACCUCCAAGCUCAUGCGGGUGAUCAAGAGAGAAGGUGAAUCUCUGAAGAACUACAUGAAUAGAUUCAACGAUGUUGUACUGGAAAUCGGUUCAUUUAAUCAAGCUGUUAGAUUAGCUACCAUAAUUCAAGGCCUCAAGCACGAGAAGUUUAGAGACAACUUGAUAAAGCAUUCUUCUGCCACGUUCAAUGAAGUCAAUGAAAGAUCUUAUAAGUUUAUACAGGCCGAGGAAUACGCCUUGUCGGGCAAGCCCGCAUGGAGUAAAGAGGUCAGACCUCCGACUUGGAGAGAUGAGGGGCAAAAUAAGAAGAGGUUCAAAACUGCGCAGAACCGAGGUCCAUUCCCUACUAAAGUUGACAGACCCACCCUGAGUACCCCACAACCUCUGACAAAGCAGAUCACUUGGACUCUGUUUACACUAUUGAGGUCACAAAUUUUGAUGCAGAUCAAGAAAAAAAUGGAGCUUAGAAGGCCCCCACCUAUGCAAAGUUCACUUGCCUCUAGAGAUCAUAGCAGAUAUUGUGACUUCCACCAGGAUCACGGACACACCACGAAGGAAUGUAACAAUUUGAAGUUUGAACUCGAGGGUUUGGCCUGCAAAGGGAUGCUGAAUGAUUACAUCUCAAACAAGGACUAGCUCAAGUUCAUCCGAGAGCAGGGACGACCUCAAGGAUCUUGAGAUGCAAGCAAUAAAAAUGGGGUUGGCUA